UCGGUUAAUUUGAAUGCACAGUGCUUGAGCUUUGCAUUGGGAUUUUGUGAAGGGGCAACAUGGGGAGGAGAGGUGCUCUGCUUCUGACUCUGGCUCUUGUUUGCUUCUUCUCAGGUGCGAUGAGGCGCGCGGACUCGGCUCGCGUGUUCACGAUCAUCAACCAGUGCAAGAAGGAUAUCUGGCCGGCGGUGACGCCAGGGGAGAGCUUCGGCGGCGGCGGGUUCGCGCUCCGGCCCGGGCAGUCCAUCGUGUUCACUGCGCCCGUGGGGUGGUCUGGCCGCGUGUGGGGCCGGACUGGUUGCGACUUCGACCCCGCCGGGAACGGCACGUGCGAGACGGGCGCGUGCGGGACGUCGCUGCAGUGCGCGUCGUCCUCCGGCGCCACGCCGGCGAGCCUGGCGGAGUUCACGCUGGCGUCGGUGGAUUACUACGACGUGAGCCUCGUGGACGGCUUCAACCUGCCGAUCGUGGUGACGCCCAAGGCAAGCGCCAACGGGUCGAGCUGCGCAGUGGCCGGGUGCGACGGCGACCUGCGGCAGGACUGCCCGUCGGAGCUGGCUGUGGAGGGCGCCGGGGGCGGGGUGGUGGCCUGCCGGAGCGCCUGCGACGUGUUCGGCACCGACCAGUACUGCUGCCGUGGGCAGUACGCGAACCCGGUGACCUGCCAGCCGACCUUCUACUCCAAGAAGUUCAAGGCGGCCUGCCCCGGCGCCUACAGCUACGCCUAUGACGACCCCUCCAGCAUCUUCACCUGCGCUCAGUCCCCUGACUACACCAUCAUAUUUUGCUCCAACAGGAAGCAAUCCGUGUGCUCCUACCACAACGAGCGGCUCGUCUGCAGUGGCUCCAGCGGAAGCACCUCUGCACUGACCCUGAUGCUGCUACUGCUCUCCAGCUUCAUAGCAUUACAAUUUGCACUCCAAGUAUAGUUAAGUGUUAACUGAAGAACAAACUGACCUGAUGUAGUUCUUUUCCCCUAGUUUUUAUUCCUCUAUGAGAAACAGAAAGUAGAUGGUUUUUUCAUCAAAUCUCCGCAAUAUCGCUCCCAUCCCAUGUGAAUGUAAUUAUUGUUUGGAUAAAUAGACAGACAUCAUGAGUGAUUUUUUUC